AUGUUGGAAGAUAUAAACGAGUGCGAUGAAAAAAUCCUCAACUGUUCCCACGAGUGCGUGAACACAAAUGGAAGUGCGUACUGUGGUUGUCCCUUCGGCCUAAAGUUGUCAGAUGAUGGCUUCACAUGCCGAGACGUCGACGAAUGCACCGAGACGCCGCAUGUAUGCAACCAGAUCUGCUCGAAUACGAUCGGAAGCUACGAUUGUUUUUGCAAAGCCGGGUACACUCUCUCCCUCCAUGACAACUUCACGUGCGAAGAUGUGAAUGAGUGCACUCAAGGUACCCACAAUUGCAGUCAUAUCUGCACCAACUACGAUGGUGGUUAUUACUGCGAAUGUCCACUGGGAUACGAAAUGACCGGGGACCAGAGAACCUGCGCAGAGGUUACCUGCCCCAUGUUUCUGGGUGUCCCGGACGCCAACGUGAGCUGCACCCCCGACGCGUCGAGCGGUUUCGCCAAAGCGCGCACGACGUGUGCCUUCAAGUGCAUGAACGGCUUCCAGCUGGACGGUCCUAAGACCACCAAGUGCUCCGAGAAUGGAACCUGGACCAACGAGCCGCCAUCUUGCAAACCCAUGUUUUGCGAAGCUCUCUCCAGCCCCGAAAACGGACGUGUCAUGCCCGAGCGCUGUCUGAUUCCCAGCGCGAAUCACAUCGGAGCAAAGUGCUACUUCCAGUGCAACAGCGGGUUCCAAAGGAACGGCACUUUAGUGAACACUUGCACGAAGGUGGCCAAACGCAACGAGCUCGCAUGGAGGCAUGGUCCAGUUCACUGCCAGAAAGCCAAAAUUGCGCCAAUCAUGACGUGUCCUCAAGACGUGGUCGAGACCCUGCCUCCAGGAGCGAUUGAGACUUGGGUGACGCUUCCGCCUCCGAGCCCGAACCAGGACCCCAACUCGAUCAGGGUGUCCCCAUUUUGGGUCCAGAAGCACGGAGGAAGUUUUCCGUAUGGAGAAACGGCUGUAACGUAUUCUGUCGAUGACGCAGAGAAUGGCUACAGCCUGAGCUGCACGUUCAAAGUGGACGUCAGAGACAAGGAGCCUCCGAAAGUCGAAAAAUGUCCGGACACAGUGUCCGCUUCGGCCACGACGCUGGACGGAGUGUUCGUGACCUGGGACGAGCCGGAGUUCUCGGACAACGUGGGCGUGGACGAAGUCAGAAACACCCUG